UUCCGGGUAGUGCUGGCCGUUUCCGCUUCCGGCCACUUGUUGCUGGAGGCCCUGACUGGAGGAUGGACCCGUUGGUGGCCCAGUGGUCCUCCCGGCUGCUGCAGCAGGAAAAAGAGAUUAAGUCUCUGACUCUUGAAAUCGAUCAGUUGAAAACUGGCGGCUGUAUAGUCACUUCUCCAGAUUUGGAGCAGUUGCGGGAAGAAAGUUUAAAGUUAAAGUAUCGACUGAAUAUCCUUCGAAGGAGUCUUCAAGCAGAAAGGAACAAACCAACUAAAAACAUGAUUAACAUCAACAGCCACCUACAAGAGAUCUUUGGCUGUGCCAUUAGGGCUGCGUAUCCCGAUUUGGCAAGCCCUCCGCUCAUGGUGACACCCAGUCAGCAGCCCAAGUUUGGGGACUAUCAGUGUAAUAGCGCUAUGGGUAUCUCUCAGAUGCUCAAAACCAAGGAACAGAGAGUGAAUCCAAGAGAAAUUGCCGAAAACAUUACCAAGCACCUCCCAGACAAUGACUGUAUUGAAAAAGUUGAAAUUGCUGGUCCCGGUUUUAUUAAUGUCCACUUACGGAAGGACUUUGUAUCAAAACAGCUGACCAAUCUCCUGGUGAAUGGUGUUCGACUGCCUGCCCUUGGAGAGAACAAAAAGGUUGUAGUGGACUUUUCUUCUCCCAACAUAGCUAAAGAGAUGCACGUAGGCCAUCUCAGGUCAACUAUCAUAGGAGAGAGCAUGUGCCGCCUCUUUGAAUUUGCGGGAUACGAUGUGCUAAGGUUAAACCACAUCGGAGACUGGGGGACCCAGUUUGGCAUGCUCAUCGCUCACCUGCAAGACACAUUUCCAGAUUACGUAACAGUUUCACCUCCUAUUGGGGAUCUUCAGGCCUUUUAUAAGGAAUCCAAGAAGAGAUUUGAUACUGAGGAGGAAUUUAAGAAGCGAGCCUACCAGUGCGUGGUUCUGCUGCAGGGUAAAGAUCCAGACAUCAUAAAAGCUUGGAAGCUCAUCUGUGAUGUCUCCCGCCAGGAGUUUAAUAAAAUCUACGAUGCAUUGGACAUAUCUUUGAUAGAGAGGGGAGAGUCCUUUUAUCAAGAUCGGAUGAAUGAUGUCGUAAAGGAAUUUGAAGAUAAAGGAUUUGUGCAAGUGGAUGAUGGCAGAAAGAUCGUAUUUGUCCCAGGAUGCUCCAUACCUUUAACCAUAGUAAAAUCAGAUGGAGGUUACACGUAUGAUACAUCUGACCUGGCUGCGAUUAAACAGCGACUACAUGAGGAAAAAGCAGAUACGAUUAUCUACGUGGUGGACAGUGGGCAAUCUGUGCACUUUCAGGCGAUAUUUGCUGCUGCUCAGAUGAUCGGUUGGUAUGACCCUAAAGUCACUCGAGUGUCCCAUGCCGGGUUUGGUGUGGUGCUGGGGGAAGACAAGAAGAAGUUUAAAACACGUUCAGGUGAAACAGUGCGCCUCAUAGACCUUUUGGAAGAAGGAUUAAAACGAUCCAUGGACAAAUUGAAGGAGAAGGAACGAGACAAGGUCCUAACCGCAGAGGAGUUGAAGGCUGCUCAGACAUCCGUAGCUUACGGCUGUAUCAAAUACGCCGAUCUCUCCCAUAACCGGCUGAACGACUACAUCUUCUCCUUUGACAAAAUGCUGGAUGACAGAGGGAACACAGCUGCUUACUUACUGUAUGCCUUCACCAGAAUCAGGUCUAUUGCGCGUCUGGCCAGUGUCGACGAAGAGAUGCUCCAGAAAGCGGCUCGAGAGACCACGAUCGUUUUGGACCAUGAGAAGGAGUGGAGACUAGGCCGGUGCAUUUUACGGUUCCCUGAGAUUCUGCAGAAGAUUUUAGAUGACCUGUUUCUCCACACGCUCUGCGAUUAUAUCUAUGAGCUGGCGACUACUUUCACUGAAUUCUACGAUAGCUGCUACUGUGUAGAGAAAGAUCGACAGACUGGAAAAGUGUUGAAGGUGAACAUGUGCCGUAUGCUGCUGUGUGAAGCAGUGGCCGCUGUCAUGGCCAAGGGCUUCGAUAUCCUGGGCAUAAAACCCGUCCAGAGAAUGUAGUCCUUCCGAGGUUCCAAUGCUGUUUCCACCAAAGCAGCCAUUAGCGCUGUUUGCUUUUUUACAAUCAUGUGGCUAUAAAAGCAAGUAAAUGAAAUUUGUCAACUA